UACGGCGUGGGGCUGCAAACGGUCUGCCUCGGUGACUCCUUUCCUUUUCUCUAGUGGCCGGAGAUCAUGAGCCUGGAGCCGCGCACGCUACCGCCCUCUCCUAACUGGUACUGCACCCGAUGUAGUGAUGCCGUGCCCGGGGGCCUCUUCGGGUUCGCGGCGCGUACCUCCGUCUUCCUUGUCCGCGUGGGCCCAGGCGCGGGCGCGAUCCCCGGGACGCCCCCAUUUCGAGUCAUAGGGGAGCUGGUGGGACACACCGAAAGAGUCUCUGGCUUCACGUUUUCUCAUCACCCUGGUCAGUACAACCUUUGUGCCACCAGCUCCGACGAUGGGACUGUGAAAAUCUGGGAUGUAGAGACAAAAACAGUUGUGACGGAACAUGCACUUCAUCAGCACACAAUAUCAGCAUUGCAUUGGUCUCCUCGAGUAAAGGAUUUAAUAGUAUCUGGAGAUGAAAAAGGAGUAGUUUUCUGUUACUGGCUGAACAGAAGUGACAGCCAGCACCUCUUUAUAGAACCCAGGACGAUUUUCUGUCUUACUUGCUCACCUCAUCAUGAAGAUUUAGUAGCCAUUGGCUACAAGGAUGGCAUAGUGGUUAUAAUUGACAUCAGCAAGAAAGGAGAAGUUAUUCAUAGGCUUCGGGGCCAUGACGACGAGAUCCACUCCAUAGCUUGGUGUCCCCUGCCUGGUGAAGACUGUUUAUCCAUAAAUCAAGAGGAAAAUUCAGAAGAACCUGAAGUUCCUAAUGGGAAAAUUAGGGCACAAACUCCAGUGGCAAAAGGCUGCUACUUAGCCACUGGAAGCAAAGAUCAGACCAUUCGAAUCUGGAGCUGCUCUAGAGGCCGAGGUGUGAUGACUUUGAAACUGCCCUUCCUAAAGCGAAGAGGAGGUGUAGACCCCACUGUGAAAGAGCGCCUUUGGCUGACACUCCACUGGCCCAAGGAUCAGCCGACACAGCUGGUAUCUAGCUGUUUUGGAGGCGAACUGCUGUUGUGGGACCUCACUCAGUCUUGGAGACGGAAACACACGCUUUUUGGUGCUUCGUCAGAAGGGCAGAAUCAUUCGAGAAUUGUGUUUAAUUUGUGUCCUUUGCAGACUGAGGAUGACGAACAGCUGCUGCUCUCCACAUCAAUGGACAGAGAUGUAAAAUGUUGGGACAUGGCUACCCUGGAGUGCUGCUGGACCCUGCCCUCCCUCGGCGGCUUUGCCUACAGCCUGGCUUUCUCUCCCGUGGACACAGGCUGUUUGGCCAUAGGCGUUGGGGAUGGGAUGAUCCGCGUGUGGAACACACUCUCCAUAAAGAACAACUAUGAUGUGAAAAGUUUUUGGCAGGGUGUCAAGUCCAAGGUUACGGCGCUGUGCUGGCACCCGGCCAAGGAAGGCUGCCUGGCCUUCGGCACCGACGACGGGAAAGUGGGGCUGUACGACACCUACUCCAACAAGCCACCACAGAUUUCUAGCACUUACCAUAAGAAGACUGUGUACAGUUUAGCCUGGGGGCCACCGAUACCCUCCAUGUCACUUGGAGAAGGAGACAGGCCUUCCCUCACUUUAUACAGCUGCGGAGGGGAAGGCCUUGUCUUACAGCAUAACCCUUGGAAGCUGAACGGAGAGGCCUUCGACAUCAACAAACUCAUCAGAGACACCAAUUCCAUCAAAUACAAAUUGCCUGUACACACAGAGAUCAGUUGGAAAGCAGAUGGCAAAAUCCUGGCUCUUGGCAAUGAAGAUGGGUCAAUCGAAAUAUUCCAGGUCCCCAACCUGAAGCUGAUCUGCACCAUCCAGCAGCACCACAAGCUUGUGAACGCCAUUCGCUGGCAUCACGAGCACGGCAGCCGGCCGGAGCUGAGCUGUCUGGUGGCCUCCGGGUCCAACAACGCUGUCAUUUACGUGCACGACCUGAAGGCGGUCUUAGAGAGUAAUCCUGAAUCUCCAGUGACCAUUACAGAGCCCUUCCGGACCCUCUCAGGGCACACAGCCAAGAUCACCAGCCUGGCAUGGAGUCCGCAUCACGACGGAAGGCUGGUGUCUGCCUCCUACGACGGAACUGCUCAGGUGUGGGAUACUCUGCAGGAAGAGCCUCUGUGCAAUUUCCGAGGACAUCGAGGGCGACUGCUGUGCGUGGCAUGGUCCCCCUUGGAUCCAGACUGCAUCUACUCAGGGGCAGAUGACUUCUGUGUGUACAAAUGGCUCACUUCCAUGCAAGAGCACUCCCGGCCUCCUCAAGGCAAGAAGAGUAUUGAAUUAGAGAAAAAAAGGCUCUCUCAGCCUAAACCCAAGCCCAAAAAGAAGAAAAGGCCCACCUCGAGAGUGCCCGUGAAGCAGGACCUGUCUGAUGGGAAUGACGAAGAAGGCCUGAGGGAGAGUGCGGGGCCUGCUGAGAACGGCAGCGUGUCCGACCAGGAGGGCGAGGAGGAAGCCCCGGAGCCAGAGUCACCCUGUGGUGUCCCCGCCGCCGCAGUGGUUUCUAGAGAACCAGUUAUCUGCCCUCCAGUUUCCUUAGGCUUAGAAAAGCCAAGAGUCAUCGUUAAUAAUAAAGUCACUUUACCGAAAAAAGAGCCGCCUAAAGACAAGCCAGAAGCCUUGCUCAAGAAGCGCAAAGCCCGUCUCAUACUUCCACUGAGUGCGAGCCUGGACCACAGGUCCAAGGAGGAGCUUCAUCAGGACUGUCUGGUGUUGGCAACUGCAAAAUACUCCAAAGAACUAAACGAGGGUGUGUCUGCUGAUCUGGAGGAAAGAGUCCACCUGGGGCUGUUCACAGACAGGGCUGCCCUGUACAGAAUGAUGGAGGCUGAAGGAAAGGGUCACUUGGAAAACGGCCACCCCGAGUUAUUUCACCAGCUCAUGCUUUGGAAAGGAGACCUAAAAGGUGUUCUCCAGACUGCGGCAGAAAGAGGGGAGCUGACGGACAGUCUCGUGGCCAUGGCACCAGUCGCUGGCUACCAUGUGUGGCUGUGGGCUGUGGAAGCUUUUGCCAAACAGUUAUGUUUCCAGGAUCAGUAUGUCAAGGCUGCCUCUCACCUGCUUUCUGUCCACAAAGUAUAUGAAGCUGUGGAGCUGCUCAAGUCAAACCAUUUCUACAGAGAGGCCAUUGCGGUGGCCAAGGCCCGCCUGCGCCCAGAGGACCCAGUCCUGAAGGACCUGUACCUCCGCUGGGGAGCCGUCCUUGAAAAGGACGGCCAUUAUGCCGUAGCAGCUAAAUGCUAUUUAGGAGCUGCUUCUGCUUACGAUGCAGCCAAGGUUUUGGCCAAAAAGGGGGAUGCAGCAUCACUUAGAACGGCCGCGGAGCUGGCUUCAGUCGUGGGAGAGGAUGAGUUGUCUGCUUCCCUGGCUCUCAGAUGUGCCCAGGAGCAGCUUCUGGCCAGGAACUGGGUGGGAGCCCAGGAAGCCCUGCAGCUCCAUGAAAGUCUGAAGGGUCAGAGACUGGUGUUUUGCCUUCUUGAGCUACUCUCUCAGCUCCAGGAGGAAAGGCAGCCAUCUGAGGGCAGAAGCUCUUCCUCUUACAACGCCUGGUCCACGCACACCGAGGGGCCCCUCACAGACAGGGUGACUGCCAUAUGGAGGAACGCCUUCGGCCUGGACACCCCAGAGCAGUGUCAGGCGGCACUGCGGCAGCUGCAAAGUAUCCAGUACCCAUCUGCUACAAAUAACACUCCCUCCAAACAGCUCCUGCUUCACAUCUGUCACGACCUGACCUUGGCAGUGCUGAGCCAGCAGAUGGCCUCCUGGGACAAGGCUGUGGAAGCACUGCUCCGGGCUGUGGUCCGGAGCUACGACUCAGGGAACUUCACCGUCAUGCAGGAAGUGCACUCAGCCUUUCUUCCUGAGGGCUGUGACCACCUAAGAGACAAGCUGGGUGACCAUCAGUCCCCUGCCACGCCAGCUUUAAAGAGUUUGGAGGCCUUUUUUAUAUAUGGACGUCUGUAUGAGUUGUGGUGGUCUCUCUCCCAGCCUUGCCCCGAAUCCAGUGUCUGGGUGAGGACAGCUCACAGAAGGACAAGCUCUACUGAACAGUGCCAGCCAUCGGGCGACGCCAGCCCUGAAGCAGGUAGCCCCUCCGCUUCUCAGCCAGAGCCCAGCAGGCCUCCAGAACUAGACAGGGGACUCACUGAAGAAAGUGAGCGGGUGCUGAGCACUUGCAAGGAGCUCUUUUCAGAAAAGCACGCCAGUCUCCAAAACUCACAGAGAACUGUUGCUGAAGUUCAGGAGACCUUGGCAGAAAUGAUCCGACAACACCAAAAGAGUCAGCUCUGUAAAUCCACAGCGAAUGGUCCUGAUAAAAAUGACCCUGAACAGGCAGCAGAACAGUCUCUCUCUAGUCCUCAGAGCCAGGGUAAAGAAGCAAAGAAUGAGCCAGUUUCUCUGCCUGAAUUAACCAAAAGGCUUACGGAGGCGAAUGAGAGAAUAGCUAAGUUUCCCGAGAGUGUGAAGACCUGGCCCUUCCCAGAUGUGCUGGAGUGCUGCCUCGUCCUGCUGCACAUCGGGUCCCAGUGUCCCGGCCACGUGACCCAGGAAAUGCAACAACAGGCCCAAGAGCUCCUUCAGAAAUACGGCAACACUAAAGUUUACCAAAGACACUGCCAGACCUUCUGCACGUGAACUUUCAAGGACCUUUAAGAUAAACUGUGCCAAAUUCAAAACGUCUGACACCUUCCCGUUCUGCCAGACAUUCGCUCUGAUCCCUAGAUGUUUUUGUAAUGACCCAAAUAAUACAAGAUGAGAGUCAAGUUUGAAUCAACUGUACACUUAAGACACAGUAGAAUCUGACUUUGGACUCACUUAUGGUUUCCUACUGAAGGACGUUGAAAGCCAGCAGCAGUUAUUUGAACUAAUACCUGCAAGAGUGAUUGUUGAUCAUCUCUAAAGCCUUAUGUAGGUUUCACCCAAAGAGGAGAAACUUGUAAUCACCCAAAGCAUUAUGUUCUUACACACAAGCUACCUUUACAAAUGCUCCCCAAUCGUAAACAUGCCAUUCUUGUUCGAGAUAGAACUGCUGCAGUUUUUGACUACUGGUAUCAUCUUUUCAAUUGUGUUUAACUUGGGCUCUCCCCUCUACUGCUACUCGUACUCAUUGUGAAAUAGGCCUUACCCAUCAUGUUGACUCUUUACCCUCUGUCUGAACUUGAGGUCAAAAAUUUGGUUUUCUUGUUUCACUUACUAAAGUGUUAGAAGAACAAAUAAUUCAAAUAUGUCUUAUCCCUUAGGUUUUACUGGUGAUCAAAAUAGCUCAGGAAGAAAUGACUGUUGCAGUUUUUCUUAAUGUUUUUGGGAUCACAGGACCCUUUGAGAUUAGAUUGAAGCCACAGAUGAUCUUUGAAGAAAAAUGCACAUUGCUUCCUAAUUUUGUACAUGUAAGUUUUGGAUCAUUGGACUCUGACUUUUGGAUCACUGUGUAAUGGGACCCUACAUACUGUUUAAUUACAAGUCCUUGUUUUGGUGGGUUUUUGUUUUGUUUUUUGGCUAAUAAGCAUUCUUUUGAGGUCUGUUCUUCUCUUUGGUUAUGUAAAUAGUGGUUAUACGAAGUCAGAAACAGACAUUCCCAUAACAUCGCAGUGGCUAGGACUUACUUAUUAGUUUGGCGGGGGUGAGAGGGAGCGCGUUUUCCCAAUGAUGGGAAGUAUUUUCUUUUGUAAUUCAUUGUGAAGGCUUUUCUAUUUAAGUGUCCAGUUUAUUUUUCAGUUUUUUCCCUAGGGUUGGGAUUACUGUGGGCAGCACUAAUGAAAUUCACUAACAGGAACUCUCUAGGAAGGAAAAGGUUUAAGAGGCAGCUGUAAAGAAUGUGACUUACUGGUUGGUUGUUUUAGACCUAGCUUUAGAAUUUCAAAAUUCUAAACUCAAAAGUGAAAAUACUGAUCGAUCCUCAUAGUUCUUUAUGGAGUUAAAUCUGCUCUAGGAAGAAGAUGGUUGUUAGUAGGGGCUAGAGAACCUUCUUGAUAGCAAAGAUAUAAAUAGACAUGACGAAGCAGACAACCAGCUACUAGUGCUACAGUCUUUGCUAAAAUGGACAAAUGCUUCUCUUGCAGAGAUGUAAAAACAUUCCCUUUCACUUGAGUAAAGAGCAGUACAUAUUCUUCAAGUAGAAAUUCUAACCUUUGUGGUUUACCAAAACCACCACCUGUCUGUUUUAUCCUUGGCUGUUACUGCCUUGGUGAGAACAAGAAUUAAUACUUGACAACUAAGCAAUAAAACUACCCAACAGCAUAAAAUAAUAAAUCUCACAAUUCUAUUUCCUUUCAAACUCCUCUCUUUCCAAUACUAUGUAAUAUACUCAAGCUACUCUAAUUUAAAUAAAUGGUUUUUAUUUCUA